GUUGAUAAAGAUAGCAUCUUUUAUGUGCCUUUCUAUAUGUGGGUCUGAGUCGUCUCUUUGUCUUACUUGGUUGUGUUUAUUAUGUCUAAUUAUAGUUGUAAUUGUUCUUGGUGCGUCCUUAGGGUUCGUGGUAGGAUUUCCUUUGGUAGAGGUAUUCAUAACUUUCUUGAUGACCUCCAACUUGAAGCUUUCUUUAGGUCUGCUGUUCACUGGUUUUCACUGUCGUCUUUGGUCUUUCUGACUUAAUUUCCUUGUCUCUUAUCCCUUUCCCCCCUCUCCCUCUUCCGGCUUAGUUCAUUUGCGCUAAAAUUGUAGCGGGCGUAGCUAAGAUCUUAUUUUGACUUGAAUGUGUUGGACCUUCCUCGGUGGCAUGAUAUCUGGACAUGAGAUCCCACGUUAUGUCAGAUGGUGUUAGGCCUGAUCAAUCUUUCAAAGAGGAAGAGAAUCCAAGUAAAAUUCCUUGUAUUGCAAGAUGUAUCUGAGUGGUUAAAUUAAUAUUUGAUUACUUUUUUGACUGCUUGCUGGAUGAGAUUUUUGUUUUUGUGAAUGAAAUAUUGGAAAAAUUUAAAGAAAGUCUGCAGUGGUGACUCUAAAAGAUGAGAUGGAGUAUGCUCAUAUGAUAUGACAAUUAUAGUUCAGCUUUUUGCUUGAAAUUGAUAUGAAACUAAUAAGGAUUUUAACUGAAAUUACUAAUCUUCCCCUCUUCGUUUCCUAAGCUAUUUGGCUGUUGUAAGGCUUGUCUUAGUUUCUAUGAAAACUCUUCGACAUAAGUACAAGUGUGUUUCCAAAUUAUAAAAUUUUAUGGAAAGAUACAACCUCAAAUGAAUACAUAUACCUGCUUCUUCUGAGACUCUUGAACUUCUUAAUAUUAGUGAUAUCGACCCUUAUUAUUUUAGUACUUUAUGAAGAAUCUUCAACUAACUGUGGAACUUGACUAAGCAGCUUCCUUGUAGCAAACCAAGUGGAAUCAUCUGGAUAACUCUGAAUAAAGCUAGCACCUCAGAAGCGCCUAAGGUUCAGAACAAGUGUUGAUGCUACAGAGGCACAAGUUAUAGAAGCAAUGCAAAAGAUAGCAUCACACAUAAAGAAUCCUGCAAAGUUCAGCAAAGCAUCAAAACUUGCUGUGCAACUAAUCCAAGCUGGAAGUGUCAAGUCAGGAACUAGCAAUCAGUUUUUUGAUAUUCUGGAAGCUGCAAUGGCUUCGCCAUCAGUUUGUAAUGAGCCUUCACUGAGAAUGGAUUAUCAAGCCUUAUUUUCAGCAGUUCAAGAUGUUGCAGAGUGUUUCAGUAAAGAGCAGAAAAAUCAGCUGGCAACGUGGACUUUGCAGGCGGUGGUUGCAAAUGAUCUUUAUACUGAUGACAGCUUUGUGUACUCAAAAGCAGCAGGAAAGAUCAAAGAUGCAAUAUCUAGCCUCCCCCAUGCUACAGUAGAUGAUGACAAAGAAGAAGCAGCAGCACUGGCACUAGCUGAAAACAAAGCAGUAGGCAAAGACACUGCUGAACUGGGUACUACUACAUCAGCUACUUUGUCCGAAAAGAAGAACCAUGUUUCUGAUCCAUUUGGGUUAGAUGUUUUGCUGCCAAGCAAAUCCAAGAAAGAUGAAAGAGCGAGAGGAAAGGAUGUGACAGCUUCAAACCAAAAGGAAGAAGAAGCAGAAGAACCUAAGAGAUUUAUCAAAUCUCAAAGAGAGGUUUUACUAUUAUGUUUGGAAAUAGCUGCACGUCGUUAUAAAGUACCAUGGGCUCAAACUGUUAUUGAUAUACUGGUUAAGCAUGCUUUUGACAACAUAGACAAGUUCACGGCUCGACAAAGAGAUGCAAUUGAGAAGCUAUGGGCUUCAAUUAGGGAACAACAUAUCAGAAGAAAACAAGGGAAGUCUGUGACCGGUAAACUUGACAUGAAUGCAUUUGAAUAUCUUCAGGAGAAGUAUGCACGUGAGAAGAUUAGCAUCCGUCAUGCUGUCGGAGGUGGUGGUGAACGCCGUGCUGAACAGUGGCUUGGUAUAUACGGUACAAAAAUCAACAAGAACUUGUCAGAUAGAAUGAUUCUCAUGAAGAAAUUAUUAGUCAAAGAUCAGAUCGCUGGAAGGAUGGAGAUGCAAAGAAUUAUUUAGCUCAUGAAGAUUAGUACAUACGACUUUUACCAGUUCAUAUACACUGUAGAGAUGUUUGCUCCAGAAAGAUCGAUCAUGAAAGCAUCAUAUGAUUGGAGAAACUGAAGGAU